AUGGCAGCUGCGAGGAGGCUCAGACCGCUAACUGAGCGUUUCCUUAAAACGCAAUUACAGCAGUUUCAGCAAAAAUUNCUUCAUUGUACAACACCUCUAGUGCCACCCCAAUCUCUUCCCAAGGCGGAGAUUAGGAGUUUGAAUCGGAUUUGGCAUCCAUGGGAGAGAGAAAAGGUUGAGUUUUUCAGAUUGAGUGAUCUCUGGGAUUGUUAUGAUGAAUGGAGUGCUUAUGGAGCUGGUGUUCCUAUUCGUCUCACUAAUGGAGAAUCUCUUGUUCAAUAUUACGUUCCUUACCUCUCUGCUAUUCAAAUUUUCACCUCUCGUUCCUCCUUGAUCCGCUUAAGGGAUGACUCUGAAGAUGGGGAAAGCAGAGAUUCCUUUAGUGAUUCAUAUAGUGAUGAGAGUGAAAGUGAUAAACUUUCGAGAUGUGCUUCUGAGGAAGGACUUGACCAUGACGCUCUCUUGCAUCCUAAUGAUCGUUUGGGUUAUCUUUACCUCCAAUACUUUGAGAGAUCAGCUCCUUAUGCUCGAGUUCCUCUCAUGGAUAAGAUCAAUGAAUUGGCUCAAAGGUACCCUGGAUUGAUGUCGUUGAGAAGCGUAGAUCUUUCACCGGCAAGUUGGAUGGCGGUAGCUUGGUACCCAAUUUACCAUAUUCCAAUGGGAAGGACCAUCAAAGAUUUAUCCACUUGUUUCCUUAGUUAUCACACUCUUUCAUCUUCUUUCCAAGAUAUGGAGCCAGAAGAAAACGGUGGGGAAAAGGAGAGGACUCGAAAGGAAGGAGAAGGUGUAACUUUGCUUCCUUUUGGGUUAGCCACAUACAAGAUGCAAGGCAAUGUUUGGCUUUCAGAAGAUGAUCAAGGUCAAGAUCAAGAACGAGUUGUGUCACUUCUAAGUGUUGCUGAUUCUUGGCUAAAACAGCUAAGAGUCCAACACCAUGACUUCAACUACUUCUCAAGAAUGGCUCACCGUGGCUGAAACAAAAAAUCUGUUACUAUUACUGAUAAAAAUUUCAAAAGUAGAUUUUAUAUCUCUUUUUGUCUUUUUUUCUUGUUGGUCUCAAGUGACAAGGAGAUUCACUUUUUUUCCCUAGUCACAAUACCGUGUUUGUCCAGUGGUUGGAGUAGCAAUGGCAGCUGCGAGGAGGCUCAGACCGCUAACUGAGCGUUUCCUUAAAACGCAAUUACAGCAGUUUCAGCGUUUUGGGUGUAGAAAUAGCUUUUAAAGUCCUAUCAAUGGGAGUUGUCGUAUAUUAUAAGUGCUGAUUUGUUGAUAAGAGUUGUUUCUUGUUUAUUGUUACUUGAUAACAUCGACUGAGAGAGGUCUUGUUCUUGUACCUGAGAGAGUACUCAGUAAUUCUAUAAUGGAGUGGUAAAUAUUAACCAAUCUAAUCA